AUGCACCCCUCAACAGCAGAGGCCUAUGAAAAUCUUGCACAAGCCCAUGUCAAUGAGGACAAGACAGAAGAUGCCACCAAUGCCUACGCGAAAGCCAUCAAUAUUCAUAAAACGGUGCUUGGCAAUGGUCACCCCCACACAAAGGAGCUUAUGAAUAUCCUUCACAUACUGAAGUGCGAGAAAACUGCGAAAGCAAUGAACGAGCAUGCACUGGCAGUGAAAGCGAAAGGCGAUCUAGAAAAGGCGCUGCAACUCUUCCAAGAGGCGCUGGAUGUUUCCAAGAAAAUCUUUGGUGAUGUCCAUCCCAGGACAGCAGCAGUCUAUGAGAAUAUUUCGGCUGUCCAAGUGGAACAGGGAUUGCUGAAAGAUGGCAUUGCUGCGAGUGCAGAAGCCCUCAAGAUCCGUAGAAGAGCACAUGGGGACGAUCAUACUGACACGAAACGGCGUAUAUGGAAGCGCAUGGAUCUUUGCUGA